AUGCUCGCUGAUCAAUACCGAGAUUUCCUGGAAGCCACGACAGGGGCAGUGCUGCCCCCGGUCUCCACCACAACUCGUGGUGCCUUGCCGCUGCGGCGCUCAACGGCUGCUACUGCAGCGAAGGUGAAGGAAGUGAAGGACGUGACGGUUCAGGAGACGCACACGACCCAUGCGAUCCAUGCCGAUGAAAAGGAGUACCGUAGAUCGGCAAUGCUGGAGGCCCUGGCCGGGCUGAAUGACCAGCCUAGCCAGGCUCCAGUUCAAGAGCAGCCUUUACCGGCGGCGAUGGCAUUGACGGCAACGGAAAUGUUUACAUCUGCCCUAACCUCCAUGGGACAGCCUGGACAGCAAGUGCCCUCACGUCCAAGCCCGCCCUUGCUCCGAGACGCUUUGCGCCAGAGCGAGGGCAAGAACUUCCUCCUGCAGCGUAUGCUCGCGGCCUCCAGUGGCCUGGCUAAUCCGUGCUCUUUGCUGAACUGA